UUUUUGGACUCUGGAGAAGAACUAGAAGCUUCAGCAGCAAACACAAACGUUAUUAUUUCAGGACCACCCCCGAUGGGGUGCUAUGAAGUCUGUCGACCAUUUUAUUAGGAAACAAGGGCUUGAGCUCGUGCAGUGUUUCUGUCAGGACGGACAGGCAAGCCAUGCAGCCACAAGCAGCUCCAAUUGCCCGCAGCUGACGGCCCCGGACAGCUUUCGAGGGCCGGGCAGGUCAGGUCAGGGCUCGACUCGGCUCCCGGGCGGGGCUCAUUGUGACGCCUCAGCGCUUCCCGGGAAGCUAGGAGCGGGUCUGCGGGCGGGCGGCCAUGGUAGUGCGGGCAGGCGUUGGGGCGCUCCUCUUGCUCCUGUUCGCGUCGCUGCUCACGGCCCUGCCGGUCGCCGAGUCGCCGGGCUCCGAGGACGAGAGCGAGCAGGAGGAGCUGGGUCUGAAUGCUGUUGAGUCAAGAGAACUAGAAAUUCAAGAAUGCACAGUUACAUGUGGUAUUGGCAUUCGAGAAGUUCUGGCAACGAGUGGAUGCCCUGGGGAUGAAGCAAAAUGUAUUGUCGCUGUGAAGGAAUGCCGUGGGCCAGUGGACUGUGGAUGGGGAAGACCAGUUUCUGAGAACUCUACAAGUGUGAUGAUGACUUGUAUUUAUAUCUAUCCUGAAAAUCGAUUUAAAUAUAUUUGGAAGAUCUUAAUUCCAGGCAAGCCAGCAAGCAUUCUUCUCGAUGAUUCGGCUAUUGUGGUGGUACACAGAGAUACGCGUUCAGUUACUUACCAGUGUGAAACUAUAGAAAAUGGAAGUGUAAUUGCCUCUGUAAAAUACACAGUGAAUGCAAUACCUGAACUGGAAACAGAACAACAAAAGGAAAAAGGAAAAAGGCAAUCAAGGAAAAGAAGGGCAGAUGCCAUUCUGAUCUUUUGUGUGGUUACUACAGUCAUUGUGACCAUUGGUGCGAUCUUUGUCAUAAUCUUUAUAAUCCUUCACUGGGCUGUUAUAAAAACUGUUUUGGACUCAGAAAAUGGUCAAGAUGACAAAGACAAAAAGCUGACCAACAAAAGUUCAGUGAUUUCCAUGGAAUAAGUAGCCUCUCAGAGUCAGUGUCGGCUUUCAGGGUGUUGAAGUUGCUGCACCUGCAUCUACAAUGUUCUCACAAACUGCAUUAGCCACAAUACAAGAAGUGCCAGAGGCCUCACCCACAGAGAAUGAAGUACCGAAGCCCUUCCAGCACUUGAAUAAUGAACUAAUUUAAUUAAAAAAAAAAAUUGGAAGAUCAGAUUACACAGAAACAGGAUAUAAAGAAGAUUAAACAACUAGGAGUACUUUUUACAGUUUAUUCACUGUCUUGGAUUACUGAAUUUCAAAUAAAAUAGUAAAAAUCCUCCUAUUUUAAGGUGUAUGUCCCUUCCAGGUAGUGUAAUAGUUUGAGCACCUCUGAAUUGGAGAAUUAAAGCCAAAUUUUGGGGAGGAGGUUGAAAAGAAUGUAUUUAACAUCUGUUAUAUUGAUAGCAGUGUUAAUCUAGACUAUAUGAAACUGAGCAUACAGCCUAGGCAAAAACUAUUUUUGCAGUGUUCUUAAUCUCUCUGAUGAUCAUAUAUAAUCACUCUAAUCACUCUAAUCACACUUCUAGACAUAUGGAAUGGUAUGUAAUGGUAGGGAAGACUGAUAAAAUUUGCUGUAUAAGCUUCGUUAAUUUUUUACCUUCACACUUGCACAUAUAACCAUUUCUGCCAUCAAGGGGACCAAAACGUGUGAACAGAAGAGUAGUUCCCUCGGUCAGGCCAAGGGUUCAUCUACCUCAAUCAAGUCAAUGGACAAAGGAUGUUGAGGGAAGAGUACAGAAACAAGUCAAAGUUGCACGAUGUUUUCCCCACGUAUUCUUCCAGCUUUCAGCCAUUUACAGUUUUUUUUUCUAAGCAAGAUGCAAUUUCUAAGCAGUAAGCAACCUGGAAUGGAUUUCUUUUCCAUGACUUUGUUCAGUGUUUCCUUGUAUUUAUGUAAGCUUCUGUCACAUGAAACAUCCUGUGAUGAGGAAAUCCACACACAGCACAAGCAGUGAACUAUUGGUCAGUACGGUACCUCUCCCUGAAAAGGGCAUCUUCCAGGUCUCCAACAUAUUCCCUGGUUAUUUUCUUUCUAGACUGAAAAAUUUAAGCUUUCUUAGUGAUUCUUCAUCCUGAGGCUCUGCCAUACCUCUGACCAUCCUUGCUGACUUUCUCUAACCAUCCUAAAUUACGUGACUGUUGUGUUUAUGAAGGUGCUUUCUAUUUGUGUAAAUAAACAUUGUUUGAUACAAUUUAAAAAAAGCUGGUGACAUUGAAAAAUGGACUGUGGACUGAGU